AGUUUCGACGUGGAGAAUGGCGCGAGUCCAGGCCGUAGUCCUCUGGACGGGGCCGCCUCCCCGUCCGCCGGACUGGUGCUCCAGAACCUCCCUCAAAGGAGGGAGAGCUUUCUGUAUAGAUCGGACAGCGAUUUCGAUGUCUCCCCUAAAUCUAUGUCCCGAAACUCAUCCAUCGCCAGUGAAAGCGUUUGGAUAAGUCAUUCAAGUCAUUCAGUCAGAUUGAAGGAGUCAGAAAACAUAUUGGAAAGAUUCCAUUGUGAAGAUCUCAUAGUAACACCAUUCGCACAAAUUCUUGCCAGUUUACGAAGUGUUCGCAACAAUAUACAAUGUCUCACCAAUGUGCCCUCCACAAACAAAUCUCGACGCUCAUCAGGAGCAGUAGGCUCUACCACACCACAACCCAAGAACCUGAACCCAGGAGAUGAUGCAUACAGAAAGCUUGCAACGGAAACAAUGGAAGAGUUAGAUUGGUGCUUAGAUCAGCUAGAGACUAUCCAAACACAUAGGUCUGUCUCAGAUAUGGCUUCUUUGAAGUUCAAACGUAUGUUGAAUAAGGAACUAUCCCACUUUUCUGAAUCAAGCAAAUCUGGCAAUCAGAUAUCGGAGUAUAUAUGCUCCACAUUUUUGGACAAACAACAAGAGCUGGACAUAGCAACAAUGCGCACCGAUGAGAUUCCAGAGGCAGCAAAAGCAGCUCAACAGACGCAACAGGCCCAACAACGUAAAGAAGGGCCGAAGAGCAGUAUCGCCAGGAGUACCAUGUCUCAGAUACAUGGGGUGAACAGGCGGCCACUUUGUCACACAAACAGUUUUACAGGUGAUCGGCUUCCAACGUAUGGCAUCGAGACACCUCAUGAAGAAGAGCUAGGUAAAUGUCUGGCAAAUGUCAACAGUUGGGGCAUCGACAUAUUCAAAAUUGGCGACCUCAGCAAUGGGAAACCGCUUACUUGUGUGGCUUACACGAUCUUCGGCAACCGCGACUUGUUGAAGACAAUGCUAAUACCCGCCAGGACAUUUGUGACCUUCAUGAUGACUUUGGAGGACCACUACUGUAAGGACAAUCCGUUCCACAACUCGCUCCAUGCUGCGGAUGUAGCUCAGAGCACUCACGUUCUCCUCAACACUCCCGCCUUAGAGUCAGUCUUCACCCCGCUCGAAAUCACUGCUGCGCUAUUUGCGGCAUGUGUACAUGACGUUGAUCACCCGGGGCUUACCAACCAGUUCCUCAUCAACUCCAGUUCCGAAUUAGCACUGAUGUACAAUGACGAGAGCGUCCUUGAGAACCACCACUUGGCGGUGGCUUUUAAGUUACUCUCCAAUGAGGGUUGUGAUAUUUUCUGCAACCUGACCAAGAAACAGAGGCAAACGCUGAGGAAGAUGGUCAUCGAUAUGGUGCUUAGUACGGAUAUGUCCAAACAUAUGAGCUUGCUUGCGGAUCUCAAGACGAUGGUAGAAACCAAAAAGGUGGCAGGUUCUGGGGUACUGUUGCUGGACAACUAUACCGAUCGUAUACAAGUAUUAGAGAACCUGGUCCACUGUGCGGAUCUGAGUAAUCCAACUAAGCCACUGGCUCUUUAUAAGCGUUGGGUGGACCUUCUAAUGGAAGAGUUCUUCCAGCAAGGCGAUAAAGAACGCGCAGCCAAGAUGGACAUAAGCCCGAUGUGCGAUCGUCACUCAGCGACUGUAGAGAAAACUCAAGUUGGUUUCAUAGACUAUAUCGUCCAUCCUCUAUGGGAAACGUGGGCAGACUUGGUGCAUCCAGAUGCCCAGGAUAUCUUAGAUACGCUUGAAGAAAACAGAGACUGGUACCAAAGCGCUAUCCCUCCCAGCCCGCCAGCGGAAGAAGAGGAGGAGAAGGAAGGUGGCUCCACAGCAUCAACAGCAGCACCAUCAUCUGCUUCUGGUGCCCCAGACCAGCAGCGACCUGGCAUCCGGUUCCAGAUCACCAUGGAGGAGAGUGAGCAGGAAUCGGAGGAAACGCCCAACACUCCUCCGAUGUGACGGAGGCUGCUCAGCCUCUGCAAGAAGAUCACUGGGAAGGUUCGGCUGUAAUCGCCUUCCGUGGAAACUAGAGACGGCUGCGCUGGCGCCGCCGUCGAUUUAGGCAAUCCGUAGUGUUUUUAAUCAUAUAGAGGGACGGAAUUCUAGGCUUACUAAUCGUAUCGAGUACUAAAUACCAAAAAGAUGGUUUGUGAUCACUCCGAACGAUUGUACUUGUAACGUUAUUUACUAAUGUAUAACCCGAUACGACAGCUAAGUCUGGGAUUCCAUUUCUGUAAGGGAUCUAUCUGCGCCAUUACUUGUCUGAUGCUCUGAUAUAAUUCAGAUUAUUUAUCCUUAUUUAUAAAAUUAUUGCAGUUCAUCGGUUAAGCAACUUCUUUGCUCUCGUUGUAGUACAAUGUGAAGCAAAUUCAGGUUUCUAAUCGUCAAAUUUGGGUUAAGUUGAAAAACGCUUUUUAGCGACACUUCGCCUUUUUAUACUUUGUAUAAAUAAAGCCGGACUAUUAUUAUUAAUUAAAAUUGCACAUAACAAUUUUAUCUACAAAUUCUAUGUCUUACUUUUCUGUAUAAGACACCAAUUUGAGUGCUAUAUGCUUUUUCUAACUCUACCAUUACGUAUCCAUGUUAAAAAAAUAUUAUUUAAGGAGGUCUUUAUAUAUUGAGCAAUGUAGCCUCGAAAAAUAUAAUAUGCAACGUCUACGGUUCUACGAAAUGCAAGACAUGGCACACUGCUGUGUCAUUUUAGGAGCUCUAGGCGCUUCGAAACAACAAAAUCUAUAUUUUAUUAUUCUCGUAUCCCUUCAAAAAUGGCUCACUGAUUUAAUUGAAAAAACAGUUGAAGAAUCAAUUUCCUUCGGGAUAGCGAACGAGAAAGCAAGAAAGUCGCUUAUAAACUUGAUGAAAAAAAAAUUAAUUGCAUUAAGCACCUUCCUCCAAAUAAGGAUAUAGUUGUGACUUUUGGCAUUCAAGGCAUUAAAACGUAGAUAAAUUGGCAACUAUGCCUGCAUCGAAUUACACUGGUAAACACGAGAUAGAAUGGAUGCGUUUUAAUGUUUUAUUUAAGUUCUUUAAAGUCUUUAAAUGCUAUUUUGUCCUGUGUCUACUUUGACCAUUUUUCCCUUCCCAUUGUGCCAAUACUGCACUGGACUUACUUGAGAUGUGAUGUCAAGUAACCGACUACUGAAUAAAACAGCUCCAACGAUGGAAUAUACCCAUUUGAUCUUGUACCGAUCUAUUGAGUGUAUAUGUAGCCAAACACAACAUCCAUGGCUCGAAAUAAUACUUUCGAAUGCGCGAGCCUUUGAGCUGAUGCGCUAGCUUCAUCAAUACAUCGAGAUAGCCAGCCCCCAGAGGUGGAAGUAAACAAAAGCCUGUAAAAACUUGGACUUAAUCUGGCCAUACAGUAAUAGUUACAUUAAGUUUUGUCUUACUUGAGCCACAAGGGUACCGUGGGGCUACAGGAGGAUACAGGGGUAGGGGGGGGAUGCUACACGGACUCUAGCGAGGGAACACAUGCGCACGUGUCCCCACAUGCAACAUGCACACAUUUUGGCCCCGCCUUGGAGAUCCGCCGGGUGGUACCUCCACGUUCGGCAGUCAGAGGCCGUCUACUACCUAGUAGUAUUUUCCUUACCUGAUGAAAUGCAAUAACAAUGUCUAUAGUUGUAAUCAACAUCACUUUAAAUAAUGGCACAGUUAGAUAGCUUGUUACUGCACAUACAGAUAUGGGGGAUUUGCUCUAUUGAUUGGAGUAUUUGUUCGAUUAGAAAUAGCGCAUGUGUACAUGCAGCCAACUGUCUUUUAUAUAUAAGUUGACCAAAGCCUCGUGUGAUGAUUGAAUUGAUUUGAUCUGGAACGUAAUAGUCAAAUGAGAAGGUUCUGAGAUCAUUAGAGAAGCCGUAACAGAAAAAUUAUGUGCACCUUUCACUGAACCUGCCAAGGCUUUUCUCAGUAGAAUAAUCGAAAAAAGUCAUUUAUUUUGUGGUUAGAUGCCUUCUAAUUUGACUAUUGUUUUCUAGUUUAUUUCUUUUGGUGCAUUUUCCUUUCGCAAACUUUAAUAUUUUUGAUAUACUCCAUCUAUUAACAUCAUGUUUGACAUUGGUUUUACCAACCUUUAGGAAGUGAAAUCUAACCUCCCUGCUGUGAUUAUGAAAACAUAUUUGAAAAUAAACAAGUAUUUCGAUACUGUUAAAGUUGCGUCUGGAAGUCUGCUUUCUAGUACAUUUAAUAUUAUUGACAUAAUUGAGAACACAAAUGAAUUCGUUUCCAUUUUGCGAGACAAGCAGUCGCCCGAAAUGAAUUUACGCUGGGUUCGUAUGAUUAGCUGAAUAAAAUCGGGCAGCUAUACAGCAUAAACAUCUAGGACUAUCAAUGACAAUAAGCAUGUGUUAUAAUAUCAUCCAACCGGAACUUGGUGACAGACAUCGGGUAAUCACUUCGUCAAACAGUCAAAUAGACUGCGAUUUCAAGUUUCCUUUUAUCUGCUGUUUUGAACUUCAAUCUACAAGCUGUGUAGAACUCCUGCUGAAGAAGGAUAGCACAAUGGUAGCACUCAGAGAGUAGUUCUCGCAUUGAUAGAAUACCUGCGCAGUUGGGAAACAAGUACGUAACAGCAUUAAUUAGCAUAUUCCACCAGUAGAUACUCAACCCAAAAGUAAACAACUUACUGAAGCUAACAGCUAUAUACCUGUCGACCGCUGUGCUUAGGUGUCAGCGUUGCCUCAGGUUAUGGAAUUUACUACGUGGCAACGUGGCUGCGACGAUAGACAUUGUCAGGGCACGUACUGCUCGUCAAGUGUAGGAAGAGAUAUAAGGAUUUGAUGGAAUUGCGCACACGAGAGAGGGAGAACGCAUUAGGAGCAAAAGAGAUGGCACGUACAAUACGUGCCAUUCGAUCGCGAGUGGUACAGUCUGCAUCCUAAAUUAAUCUAAUAAUUUCAAUAAUGGAAUAUGUAUUAUGUGAAGCCUGCUUUUUUAAUCGAAAUUGUUGGCAUGUUUCAAAUUUUUAAUAUCUUUUUGUGAGCCCAAUAUUCUGUGCUGUCAUCGUCAGCGUUAGAUCAUCAAUUCCACGAGCACCCGAUCUUAAGCUGUCUAUUGCCUCUGGUACUUCAUGUGGUUCGAUAACUCUUAGAGAAAAUUUGUUCAAUGGGUUGAGUUAAUGCGCAUUAUAAAAUUGAGUUUGAGGGUAUAUAAUAUACAAUUAACGAAUCUAUAUCAUUAUUAUCUUAAAAUACAAUUGUACGUCCACCAGAAGCAUUUAAAAAUUCAUAUCUAAGAAAACACUACUUUUUCAAUAUUUUCAAAUUUGCAUAAUACAUUAGUUUUACAGAAAUAGUUUUAUGUUUCCACACCUGUUCGCUACCGAAGAAAGGUUAAAAAUCGCAUUUAUGUGAUUAUUUAUGUAAAUGAGAUAUGAGAUAUAAGACUGAAAUUGAUUGGUACUCAUUCUAUUUUUAAUUGUUAAUCAUUUAAAUUAAUAAACAAUCAAAUGAAAAUUAAGGUCAAAAAACUAACAUCGUAGUAGAUACAGUUGGCAAUAUUUUAAAGAUUUAUGAAGUUUCACAGAGGAUCAAAUCCUGAAUGUACAGAAUCGGAAUCUGAGCUACUACUUAAACUUAAAUCUUCGGUUUUGCUAUCGCUAGCUUCGUCUAGGUUUAUAUGUCAAAGCACCUUCUUCAAUAGAAUUCAUUUCGCGAAAAUCCUCCUAAUAGUCGAUACACUAACUCCCGCGGCCAUGGCUGCACGCUCCUGAACUUGCUUCAAAUCUUUGAGAGGUUUAUUUCCUUCUGCUUCUCGUUACAUAAAGAAUAAAAUAUUUGCUAAAACCUCCCUAGUUUAUCCCGAUAAACCUUUACGUUGUAAUUUGGAUUUAAAACUCACUAUAAAUGAGUAAAUCUCUUAGCACACUAAGGAAUAAAUGACGACAAUUAAUAGCGUAGAAUUGUAUGUAUUCAACCCACGAAUUCGUAACAAUAUAUACAAUUCACAGAUGAUAAUAAACUUGUUUUACUGCCUGACAGUUUUUCUCCUGACUGUACGCUAACUAGUCUAGACACGACAAGAGACUACUGCUUCGACCGGCGAAUUGAGCUGCUAGCUAUGCGCACCGAGAAGGCGUGGCUUUAUUCAAAAAUUCGCAUCUCUUCCUACACUUGACGAGCUGUACAAAUCCAUCAAUGUGGUUGGGCCUUUUCUUGGAAAAUACUUUAUCUUGAGUGAGUGAGUCUUAUUUUCUUCUUUUCGUGGCCUGGAUGCGGGCGCUUCGGACGACAUGGAAGAAGUUUUGUAAUUAACAUUUUUAGUCGAUCACAUUUUUAUACUAGAUAUUGAGUCCAUUUGUCAUGCUUGUGAGGUUAUUUGUGCGUAUCUGUAGUAUUCGGAGUGCAUGCUUACUUUGUAUUUAUUUAUAGUGACGUCAAACGUUACUCCUCUAGCUGGCUUAGAGGAAUUUUGUAUAUAAAAUGAAUUUAACAAUAAAAAGCAGAUAACCUCAAUUCGGAGUAAACUUAACCUACGAUAUCUUCCAUGCUAACAGAGCUUUUAUAUUUCCUCUCACUAUAAUAGUCAUUCAGGUCAAUGAAGCUAAAUGAAAAAUGUGCACUUCCUCGUUUCAUUUAUGGAAUUUAGAGGAUAUAGGGAUGUAAUAUUCCUAAAGUUUAUUACAAAACUUAUAAAAAUCCAUUUAAUUUACUCGUAUUUGUUCCACACUUUUUGCGCAACAGUGAGUCAGUAUCACAAUACAUCACAUUAAAUUAGUACGUGAUAAUCGAUUUGAGUUGAAUGUGCUUUCCCCUUAUGGUUAAUAACGAAACAGUAACAAUAAAAGAGAGCGUUUUAGCCAUAGGCGUCUAUUUGGCAGUCACAAAUACCGCAUACGUAAACGAUAUGGUUAAUCUAUAAUUCAGCUACUUCAUAUGACUUGAACGUCAACGUUAUUUGUGAUUGUCAAAACUCUCUGAGGCUCCCUUAACUACGCUAAGACGUUUUAUUAAUUGAAGACACAAAUAGAUAAAGGAGUCAUGUAACAUUUUUUUUAAAUUGCUUGUUUUGCAUUAAGCUUACCUUAAGGAGUGUAUUUUUCAUUCUGUGAUUACUUUGUUGCGUAAACAAGAUAAUAACAAACUAACUAAACUGAAUAUUUAAAAUUUCACUAAAGUAAAAAAUCCCAAUAAAAUGUUUAAAGUCAAUUUUCUCCACACAAUGAGGUUGUUACAUGACACCUUUAUCCACUUGUGUCUUCAAUGGUUAGAAUGAGUGAUAUUUUCUCAAAGUUGUUUGAUGAUAUCUUUAAGGGAAAUCGCAAAAUUUGUGUUCUCAUUUAUAAUUUUUAUCGAUGUAACAUAUAUUUUUUUAAUUAUGCUGUGAUAACAGCGCAUAGAACGUAAUACAAAUAUACCUAUGAUUAAUAAUUUUCACUUUGCUGUGUUGAAUACUCAUACAGCUUUUGAGUGGUCUUAUCAUGCAAAAAGUUAUUUAUUAGGGCGUUCAAUGGUUUUCUAUCCGUUUUUGAUUGAAUGUUUACCAUAAAAUAUAAGCAUUCUUAAUCAAUUUCUUUUUCUCCAGUACUUGUUAUCUUAGAACAAUUAGAAAGGUUCAAUUUUAAUAGCCUUCGAAAAUGAUAGGGAGUUUUGCAUACACAGGCUAUAUAGCCCAUUUAGAACUGACGUUUCAGCCUCAACAUCAAUAUUAAUGAGAAAAAGCAUGCAUGUUACCGUAAAACCACAUAUUCGGGUUUUUGUCGCCAUUAAAAAAAGUCAGCUCUUUAGCGCUUCGUGUCAGUUAUUAUUUGCAACAAAUGCACACUGACAUUGAGCUCUUCGAAUGAUGUAAUAUUCUGAAUGCCUCAUUGGGAAUGCUUUUGUUUCAUGGAGAUUAUUUUAUGUUCUAUGAUAGUUGUGACUGAGGAACGGUGCGAUCUCAGUGUUGUAGUCUAGUCCACGAAUUUAUAACAUGACAAUUCGAAUUAUAACCCUGUAAAUUUCAAAACUUAUGACUAUUAUGAGAUAAACUUACGCCGGCGUCGUGUCGUAGCGAAAUUUGAUAAUCAUUAUGCGAUACUCUGUGAAGUAUAUGAGGAUCGGAUUAAUCGGUAAAAUAGGAGUGUUAGAAGAAAAAUGCUGCAGAUGAGAUUGUUUGUACUAGUAUCUAAUAAAACACAAACGUGGUUUGGUGUUCCUAAAUUUGAUGAUAAAGUGCAUCAGAGCAAGCGCUGGCUAGUCGAGUUCAGUUGUAAAAAGUAUGUAUAUAAUGUAAUAAAACUAAUAGUUGUACUAGCGGAAGAAUAAAAAGAAACAUACCGAGAGGUCUAAUCAAGUGUGGUAUGAAAUAUUCAUGACGUCUGUAAAAGACCUGGGAUUAUAGACUGCAUUACGCGGAAAAAAACAGUUCAGUUUUAGUCGUUGACUGCAUUUAAGCACAAUGUUUAAUACAUGUAUUACAGUGUAUGUUAAGGGCAACCCAGUAGCACCCCCUAUGCUAGGGCCAUGAGGAUAAUAAUAUAAAUUAUACUUAUGAUUUUGAUGGCUCUAAUGUAGGAUUAUGAACGGAAAUUUUAGCAUUACACGUAUACAAAUUCUCACUUUUUUCAAUGAUCCACUGUGGACAAUACGAUUGGUAAUUUUUUCUGAGCAGAACUGCUUCUGUUAUUCGAUCGCCUAAAUAUACCAAAUAUAAAUUACAUUAUUUCAUUUUUUUAUUCUUCAGAUAAAAACAUUAAUUAUAGCAAAUCUAAUCCUAAUUAAAACAGCGAAAAAAGAUCCUCUAGAAAGAGUGGUAGCCUAUAUAGAUAAGUGGUAUAAAUUCACGGAAUGUCUUAGAGUAGUGAGACAUUAAAAUAUGCGUUUUUCGUCAUCGUCGCGAUACAGCUGAUCCACUGUUCAGCAGUGUUCAAGCUCUGAAGUACUACUCAUUUACAGGGUGUUACUUAAUGAUAGGCCAUAAUUACAAGGACGCAUUUUUGAACCAAAUUUGAGUGAGGAAGUUCAUACAAAUGUGUAUUCUAUAAAGUGUGGUUUCUAAGAUAUGGGUGUCAAACAAUGUUGAAUUAAUUCCAAUAACAUGUUAUGCUAGUACUACAAAUAACUAAAGGAUAAUUGUAAAAUCCAGUGGCAUCUGGGGGGUAGUCUGAUGAAUGAUACUGACCAAAAAGUACGCCACUACCUUUUUCAAAAAUGUAUAUUUUCUUAGAUUAUAUUUGUUUCGGAUUGAGCAGCUAAUGAUACAUCAUUUUGUCUCUCGGUAUUUCCUAGUAAUUUACUUCAGUUUCGAGGCAAAACAUAAAAGCAACUUCAUAACAUGUCGAAACAUUAUUAAAAUAAGAUCAAAUCAACUUUGAUCGAUGCUAGGGAAUUCUGUUAUCAUUUUUGACUUUCCAUUGCAGUUUGCUUUUAUUUUUCCUCUGCUCGUAAAAACCAUUGUUUCAAUGUUUUACACCCUGUAUCUAGAAUUUCACACUGUUUGACUUUUUUCGCCGCUUCAAUUAAGCUUAGAUGUACUGUAUGCACCUUUUUAAAUACUGCCAUGGUUUUAAAGAUGUUUUCAUUGUCGUACAGUGAAGAUAUAAAAGCAGUUUAAAAUAUCAACAUAUGAACGUGAACUCGUUGUUAACAAAAGCAAUAAUAACACUUGAUUCAGACAACUCUGUAUAAAGAAAACAUCCUUUUGUGCUUAGGUAGAUAUGUAUUGAAUUUUCUAUCCUAGAAAUGUAAUACCUGACUGUACCUUGUAUUAAAAAUCCAUAUCAUUAUAUUGUCCCGUCAUUUACAAAAAAAUAUUUGUCUUUGUGUUCGCAAUACUCUUGUAUUGAGAAUAUUUUGUAUAGUUUAAGAUUGCCUUCUUCUGGAAAACAUCAACAAUAUAUCCGAUUUCAAUGGGUCUAAUAUCUGAUCUACAGAUACUUAAGUACUGGUGUUUUGGACUAAAUUUUUCAAGAAGCAUAACGGUCAUCUAGUUUUAAAGCGAAAGAUUUAACGGAAUAUACUAGUCUAUACAAACACUGCUUGCUGAAUAGUAAACAUCAAAAUAUAGUUUGAAAGAUAUUAAACAAACUUGGUGUCAAGUCUUUUUGGAAUAUAUAAAGCGCAAAUGUUUAUCAACCAUUGACAAUAAUAAAAGUAUGAUAGAUGAAAAGUCACAUGUCAGAAGAAAUAUUUCACCCGUUGAAACUUCAAAUAAAGCUUAUAUAUACUUCAGGGCUGUAGAUCAGUGGCAUAAUUAGUAGACCCUGACUGUAUAAAGAUACUUCAAUGUGAUGUCUAACGUAGUGUCUUACUAAGCAAGCUAAUUCUUGCCAAACUAUUUCACCAAAAGAGGCUAUAGCUUCAGUUUCUUUAUGUUUCAUGUAUACCUUGAUACCCAGUACUGGGAUAUUAUAUUUCUCAAUGUAUCUAUUUUUAAGGAAUUAUAAAAGUUGGUUUUCCCUUGACCAUCAUGUGAUUGUUAUUUGGAUAUGGAUUUGUAUAUGAAUGACACAGUGUUAUAAACCUCUUAGAACAAGUUAAGCUUUGUUUUGAUGCCAAUAUCAGGACCCACGUGAAAACUUUCUGAGGGUGAGUUUAACUAUGAACUUGAUUUCGUGUUCCAAUAUAAUUAAGUGUCAAGUAGUAAAAUAGUGGAUAUGACUACACUUCAGCCUUUUGUGAUGUUUUUAUCACAAAUAAAGAUCUGUUAUUAUUAUUAUUGGAGUAUCGCUUACUGAAUUCACUAUAUCUUACCAUUUGCAUUUGAAGGAUUGAAAUCUUAGAAAUUCCCGAUUCAAUCACAUUUUAGUUUUGUAAACUGUAUUAUGGUAAAGCCAUUGGGAAAGUUUAAAAAUGGGAAAACGGAUGAAUCAGCCUGCUGAAUAUUAAUGAUUUUAUGAUUUAGUAGGCGUACAAUAUAAUGACAACAAAGGCUGCGAAGCGAUAGUCAGUUCCUUGAAAUUUGAGAAGCAACGUCACAAAGUCAAUUAUAAUGCUAAUUUUGGACUCUGGAUGGCGAACAUUUUUGUUUUGUACUGUGUGUACUAUGAAAUAUGAUCUGACUUGCGUCAGCAUCACUACUGCAUGUUGUCAGCAUUAAUAUUGAUUGGUUGACGUACCUUUUGAAGUAGGAAUAGUUGGAAUCGAAUCAAAGCUUAUCUUCAUCUCUAUCCAAAUGUACACCUCCGCUCUAAAGUACCACUGAUUUCAUUCUCCCACAAAGAUUUCCUUUAGACAUACCGCUUGCUUUUAUUGAAACGUCCGUAUAUGUACAUCAAGAUAACAUAGCGUCUAAUUUGUCCUUUUUGUGAACAGAUCUUAUAAAUAAAUACACGUACUGAAUAUACGCGCAUAACCGUUUUCAACUUUCAACAAGAAUUUUUCUGUACUACACCAACCGCGUUUAAAUCUGGAUUUUGUUUUUGGGUGAUAUGAAUACGUAUUUUUUGACUUCACUUUUUACUCUUUAUGUUACCUGAAACUAAUUGUUAAAUGAAGUGUAAUAAAUACAUAGUAGUAA